UCCCAGCAUACAGUUCGCUCCGGAGUACUUCCGCGUUUAAAGACGCUGCAGUGUAACGAAUAAACGUUCCGAAAAUGGUUUUAAAAAAGGCAAUAUUGUUCGACCUGGACAACACGCUGAUUGACACGAAGGCAGCACACGCUGUGGCGAUCGAAAAGAUCCAUGAGUUCUUGAAGAACACAUUGAACCUUGAUGAUGACACUGCCAGUAGAAUCUGUGUCAAAUUCAAACACAAGCUAAAGCACGAGUGUUUUGAUCCUGCAGCAGGAAGAUCCAUAGAUGAUGUACGGGUCGGUCACUGGGAGGAGAGCAUCAUGGAGACUGUGGGCAGUAGGCCUACGCCCUCUUUGGCAACUCAAUGCUACUUCUUGUGGAAAAGCAGUCGUCUAGAACUUCUCAGUCUGUCCCCUCAAAUACGUGACCUCCUGACACAACUGCGCAGCAGGUACAAGCUUCUGCUCCUGACCAACGGGGACACUCAGACCCAGAGAGAGAAAGUGGAGACGGUGGGAUGUGAGGAGUUCUUUGAUGCUGUUGUAGUCGGAGGAGAGCAUGCGGAACAGAAACCACAUGUCUCCAUCUACAAAUUAUGUUUUAAAAUGCUGGGGGUGGAGGCCCAGGAUUGUGUUAUGGUGGGAGACACACUGGACACUGAUAUUCAGGGAGGGAUCAAUGCUGGAGUACGAGCUACUGUUUGGAUUAGCAGCACAGAAGGAGCCGUGGCAGACGGUCCAGUGAAAGCAGACGGUCUACAUGUUUUCGGGCACACCAUACCAACUGUCCUAGAACUGCCACAUGUCCUAGAACAGCUGAAAUGAGGU